AUGAACGAUAUUUCCCGGCCCGUGGAAGGAAACUUGAAGUUUGUUGAUGAUAAUAAGAUCAUGACACACACAGAUUUACGCGGCGGCGGCAGCGAGGACAGCGAUGAAGAUGGUAGAUCUGUGUGUUCGUGGUGGAAAUCCGCCGCAGAAUUGGAAUUGGAGUACGAGACGAUGAGCACUGCGUCGUCGUCGAAGUCGAAGAUUAGCCCGAGGAUCAGAGUCCUUAGGGAGCUGGAGAGGUUGGGCCUACUUUCGUCGGAAACUCUCAACGAGAUCCGCCACAAGCUUCAUUCCUAUCGUCCCGGCGAUUUCUGGGUGCCCACCGGAGGAAUCACCAAACAAGAUCUGGAAAUCCCCGCCGUCAACACCCUUCUCUUGCUCGGAUUUCACAACGCCGGCAAAACCUCUCUCGUCAAUCUCAUGUACCGUGUUUUUGCUCGCUCCGGCAUUCUCCAUUUCACCGGAACCGAUUCAUCUACCUCAAAAACCUCUUUGUUCAUGGAAGAACACAACGUUCUCAGAUCAUCGCAGAGCGGGUUUUGCGUGUACGACACUCCAGGCUUUCGGUACAACCAAGUGGAAGCAGCUCUGGAAGAGGUAACUGACUGGAUGACCAACGGCGUUCACCACAACAAGCUCUGCUUGUUGCCCGGAGACUCAUCGGAACACUCUUAUUCGCCAUUGUCUGCAGGCUCAAUAUUUGCUACUAGAGACGUGAACUACGCCAUGGUGGUCGCAAACGCUUGGGAGAUCUACACCUCUCUGAACCUCGGCGACACAACCCCACUGGAGGCGCUGAAGAAACUCUUCCACUUACCGGCGCUCAGAAACUCCGGCGAGAAUCCCCUACUCAUCCUAACACACGGGGACAAGUUAUCCACCGACGACCGCAUCGACACCCGCCUCAAAAUAUGCGAAUUCCUCGGAGUUUCAGAAGUUAGCGGCGCGUACGAUGUAGUUUGCGUGACGACGACACAGAACGGAUAUCUUACUCUUACGGAUGAAUAUGAUCCAAUCUCAAGUUAUUCUGUGAGCGAAGCCGUUUACAGAGGACUAAUCAUCUCGGACAAGGGGCAUCAACCUAAAACAAGGUUCUUGGAUUGGGCAUACCUCGUAUUCGUUUGGCUUAUGUCCACUUUUGCUGCUAUAUUUAGCUUUCUAGCCGGCAUUUGUGAUUAUUUUAUCCCCAAAAAUAAAUUAAAAUCCUCCAAAAGAUUACUCUGA